AUGCCCUCCUCAUGCAAAGACAUCCGCGCCGCCCUGGCCCAGUGCCUCCAAAACUCCGACUGCAUCCUCGUCGACCGCCACACGCCCCUGGAAUGCCUCUCCUCCCCUUUACUCGAGACCCUCCCCACGCAGUGCCAACAGCUAAAGAUCGGGUUUCGCGAGUGUCGGCGCGGGUUGGUCGACAUGCGCAAACGGUUCCGCGGCAACGCGCCCAUCUCGACGAGUCUGGAGCUCGAGGGGGGCGGCAGCGACGACGGCAAGGGCAAAGGCACGCAGCUUUACGGGGGGAGGCCCGCGUUUGAUGUGCGGGAGAGUAUGGGCAAGGGGGCCAGAGGAGAGGUGCAGGGGUUGGGGUUUGACGAGAGUAAGACGAGGGGCUUAUGA